UUGCUUGAACCUUUUCCGAAACGCUCUGUCCGCUCACUCACACAGCCAACAGCCGUGGCGUCGAGAGGCUCUUCGCCACCACUCGCCCGAACGCCACACCCAUCCGCCCAUCUUCUCAUCAGUCUCACUCGCCUGCAGGACGCCCCUCGGGUCUUCAGCCGCCGCCAUGAAGCUGGGUUUGUUCUUCCCGAAGUUCUGGGUCUGUGCGCUGCUCCUGAUGGCGUCGGUUAUCGCCGAACUUCAGGAGGGGAAGGAACCCCAACAGCAGACAUCCACCUGCGUCGCUAAAGGCGGAAUCUGCGUGAACGACAGCUGCCAAAACGCCCUUAGUGACGGCGAGUGCGAGGAUGGAGAAGUGUGCUGUGAUCUGACGAAGGCUACUGACGCAGAACAGGAAGCAGGGAAGACGAGGGAAAAACGGGGAGCGGGCUCCAGCGCCGACGGUCCUUCGGGAAAGCCUCAGAAGGGCAGCGAAGGAAGCGACACAAACAAAGGAGAGAGUCAAGAAGGAGGAGAAGGAGAUGGAGGACUCACAGGUUCCUUCUGCAAGACCUCGAUCUCAAUCUGUAAAACCCAAGGAGGGAUUUGCGUCGACCCCGGGACAAGCAGCUGUAGUUCCACAAAGUAUCCUAUACAUCAGAAAACGACGUGUCGGGGAUUACCUUGUUCUUGCUGUGUUGAAGAACCCACCUGCUCCUCCAACUCUUAUUGCUCUGCGGAGGGCGGCUACUGCAGCGACUACUGCGGCAGUCACGACCGCGUCCUCGAGGGCAUGUGCGGCUCGUCCCAAUGCAAGUGCUGCGCCCCGCCCUGCAAGACACAGAACUCGUGCUUCCAGAAGGGCGGCGUCUGCGUCACCAACGGGGCCUUCUGCUCGGGUACCCUCACACCUGAGUGCGGGGGAUCGGGCUGCAUGUGUUGCGUGAAUGAUAUCGUAGGCUGCACCACCCGAUUAUUCUGCGCCGAGAACGGAGGUGUGUGCUCGACCGACGGCUGUACCGCGGACGAAGAUUUGAUAGAGGGUGGAUGCCUGGGCGAAGGGUGUACCUGUUGUGCUCCCCGGCCCUGUGUUAAUUCCAGGGUCUGCAGGAAGAGGGGGGGGCAGUGUGUGAAGCCCGCGAACUGCCUGAAUUCCUCCAGCGCCGACGUCGCCGAUUGCACCGAUGGCUGCGUGUGUUGCGUCGAUUGCAGAAUCCGCAGACCUUGUUCUCGUUCCUCCGGUUACUGCACAAUAGGGAGGUGCAAUAGGAACGAAAUAACGAUAAGAGGAGGUUGCAGAGGAAAGAAAUGCCGUUGUUGUGCUCCCUCUAACCCGUGCACAAGGACAGGGAGAGCGUGCACGAUUCAAGGGGGAAGGUGCACGGAUAGGACCCAGUGCACGGUCUUUGACAACACCCGAGGCUGCAGAUCGGGUGUUGGUGACUGUGUGUGUUGUUUGGAUGUAUAGUUGCCGAGUAAGCCCUUAAUCAAGUAUGAAUAAGUAAAACACCCACAGCAGUUAAAGAGGUCUAACAUCUACACCACACACACACGCACCCGCAUGUAGGUACAUGUAUGUGUGUAUGUGUGUGUUUGUGUCCAUAAGCUCGUAUGGACGUUGAAAAUCGUAUGCAGUAUACCAUUCGAAUUCAGUAUUUCUCCAACAAUUUAUUUUCGUGUUUAUGAGACUGAACUUUCAAAAAAAAAACAAAAAAAAAAACAGAAAAACAAAUAAGAAUUUCACUCAUAUUAGCCAGGAAUACAGUAUUUAACAAUAUAUCAAUAUAUCAAUUAACAAUAUAUUCAUACUUACCCUGUCGAGCAAAUGUUGUUGUUGGUAUAUUUUCAAGACGAAAUUUCAGCACAAAGAGUAGCGUGACAAACAUCAUGGCUACAGUAAGUGUAGAGAGCUGUGGUGCUUAAUCUAUGAGGCUUAAGGGCAAUUCAAAGAUCAUAAACAGAGAUUUCCAGGAUUACAUUUGAAAUAUUGAUGUGCAGUGUUGCAAACUAUACGAUAUUGAUAUGCAGUAUUGCAAACUAUUCAAGUGUUGUUUGCUUUAAUAAAAUGACUAAAUCAUA